AUGCAAGCUCACAGAGGUGAUCGUAUUUGGGUUGAUGGAUGUUUUGAUAUGGUUCACUUUGGACAUGCCAAUGUUGUUCGACAGGCCAAAUGUUUAGGCAACUACCUUAUCGCUGGAUUGCAUAGCGAUGGUAUAAUUUUGCUUUUCGCUAACAAAAUUUUAGCUGAGAUAGAAAGGCACAAGGGACCUCCUGUUUUUACUCAAGAAGAGCGCUGUAUACUUCUAAAAGCAAUUAAAUGGGUUGAUGAGGUGGUUAAAGACGCUCCCUAUAUGACUCAACUGGAGGUCUUAGACGAAUAUAAAUGCGAUUUUUGUGUCCAUGGAAGUGAUAUAUCUGUGACUGAGAGUGGUCAAGAUGCCUACGAAAUUGUCAAAAAGGCUGGAAGAUAUGUUGAAGUUCCAAGAACUGAAGGAAUAUCUUCAACAGAUCUUCUUUAUCGAAUUAUUCGAGCCUCCAAGGAAUCUAAAUCAAUGAAUCUUGAAUUAGAUAAUGGUUUUAACUCAGUAUCAUGUUCCCCGAUCUCAUCCUACACUUCUGGCAUCACUAAAUACACCCCUAAUAUCCUCCGAAUUGCCCAAUUUUCAUCUUCGACCAACGGUCACACAGUUGACACCCUAUCCUCCGGCAGUAUUGACGGUAUUCGUGCUCCUAACCCUGGGGAACGCAUUGUAUACGUUCCUGGAGCCUUUGAUCUCAUGCAUGUGGGUCAUAUAAAAUUCCUGGAGAAAUGUCGUGAAUUGGGGACGUAUAUCAUAGUUGGUCUUCAUUCUGAUAAAGUAAGUUGA